AUGUCCUUAUGUUUCUGUUUCUGCUGGCUUCUCCUCCCAAUUUUGUUGUAUCCUUGUUGGGCCAACUCCAACUCCAUCACCCUCUCCCUCACCACCCAAUCCCAUGAUCACCACUCUGAAAACAGCAGCCCGCUCAGCCUCAUGGCCUACGCGUCCAUUCAAAGGGCCCGACACCUAAAGCGGCGCACCUCCACCAGUACCAGUACGCCUCUCUUCCCCCUCAGCAUUGGCGAAUACUCCACCACCCUCGGAUUCGGAACACCGCCGCAGCGCCUGGGCUUCAUCAUGGACACCGGAAGUAGCCUCGUCUGGUUCCCAUGCGGGGACAACUACAAGUGCACCUCUUGCAACACCAACAAUAUCCCCACCUUCGACCCGAAAUCAUCAUCGUCCUCAAGAAGCGUCACCUGCACCUCCCCCCAACUGAAACGGUUCUUUCCCGAAUUUCCACUCUGCACGUCCUGUUGGAAACACCCCAUUCCCACCCCCUCCUGCUCCAAACAACACUUAAACUACUCAAUCCUUUACGGGCUGAGAAACACGACCGGAACAUAUCUGUUAGAGUCUUUAACCCACCCGGCCCGAAAGAUUGUGCCCGACCUGCUCGUCGGCUGCUCCGUUUCCUCGGACCACAUGCAACGUGAUGGCAUCGCAGGUCAGGACAUGUGGGAUUCCGACACUCCGACGACGAAUUGCGACGACAAAUCUGUCACACGGCUGCGGGUUGUGAGGUAA